AUGAAGGAUGCGUACGAGCUGUUCAGCUGGCAGGACUCGCAGCGCUUGCGGGCAAUGCAGCUGUGGGCUGCGUUGGAUGGCAACGAUCCAGAUGCUCAGGGGCAGGCAUUGCUCAACACGCUCACAUCGUUCGCUUCAACGUACGGCAAGCCGUUCAGCAGCGGAAACGUUCACUUUUGUGCAGUGCUGGGCGUUGACUCAGAGAUGAACCGCUUGCGCACAGCAAAGAACUACUACGUAGAGAAGCUGCUGCCGUCCGUGUGCCGCGAUCAGCAGACCAAUGACGAUCGCAAGCACUUUCUGAAGGCAGGAAGACGGUAUCUGGCCGACGACCCGUACAGCCGGAUGAGCAAGACGAUCAACAUGCUGGCGUAUGGAAAGCACAUCGCCCUGGAGGCAGGGAACGCAGGCAACGCGUACUGGUCAAAGGACAAGAGCGUCUUCUACUUGCGCGGCCAGCCGAUCUACAUCUGUCGCUUCCGCAAGAUGGCGCAGCAUAAGAAGAUCGGUUUGCCGUGA